GUUGUAGGAUAGGGGACUCAUCAGCAAUCCCCUGCAGAAACAGGUCCAAUUUUCUCUUGUCUUGUCUUGUUGUAGUUUAGGUGAUGUACACGACGGUCUACUUGGGAGUCCCCCUCCCCUACACUGUUCUCCACUCCUAAUGUGGCGGUCAGGGAGGGAGUUACUCUCUGCCCCCUGGGCAGAGAGUUGAUUUUAACCUCCCCGACAUUGACUGGACUACAAUACCCCAAUUUGACCCUCCCAAUGCUGACGCCUCCAACCCCAUUAUUUCCCACACAAACAGAUGCCAACUACACGACAUUCAUUGACAUCAUAAAUAUAUUUUCACUCACAAACAGUACUCCAGCCAACACAAACACAUACUGUGUUCACUGCCCUGCCCUGCUACAAGGUGACCUAGACCAAGUGAUAGCUUGGGCAGAGGAGAUCAACACGCUGCUAAACGGUGACAAAUUUGAGGCACUUAGAUAUGGCCCACUACAGGAGCUGAAGACCACAACAAGUUACAUUUGCAACCAGCAUACCAUCGAAAUCAAACACCACGUCAGGGAUCUUGGGGUGUAUGUGAGUGAUGACGCCACGUUCACAUUGCACUACGACAAGAUCACAGAAACAGCCCGAAGACUCACUGGCUGUAUACUCCGUACCUUCAGAACCAGAAAACAGGCCUGUAUGCUGACACUGGAAAUCCUUGGUGCUCCUUAGGCUAGAGUACUGCUGCCAGCUGUGGUCCCCUCACAGAGUGGGAGAUAUAUCAAGGAUAGAGGCAGUACAGAGAACAUUUACCUACUGUAUUGAGGGUAUGGAGCACCUCAACUACUGGGAAAGGCUACAACACCUACAUCUCUACUCACUACAGCGGCAACGAGACAGGUACUUCAUCAUGUAUAUACGUGUGGAAAACACUCGAGAAGCUGGUACCAAAUGCUGGUCUCCAGGAGCACCUCCACCCAAGGCGUGGCAGGCUGUGCUACUCCAAGAGGACUGAAGGUGUGUCCUCAAGAGUGAAAACCAUCAUGCACAACAGCUUCACCCACACUGGAGCACACCUGUUCACUGCAGUGCCUUCCAGCAUAAGAAACCUGACUGCAGUAACACCCGACACCUUCAAGUACCACCUGGACAAGUGGGUGUCAACAGUACCUGAUCAACCACCAAUGCCAGGUUAUCCCAGUGGCAAUGGAAAUGGUCUCCAAGGCACAAGAGUAGAGGAGCCAGAGGGAAGCAGCGGAGGUCCACCUCAGCUGUGUCCGCAGUCAACGAGAUUUAUCAAAGUAAACAAAGGACACAGAGGUUGAUACUUUGAAAACCAGCAAACCACAGCAGCAGGAUGGCAGAGGGAGGGAGAUCAUCAGAUGGAGCACAGCAAGACUUGAAGAGGAAGAGAAACUUUGGAGCUGAUAUUGAUGAAGAAGUGCAGCUGGAAUCACUGUUGUCGGAUGAGGCCAACAGAGCAGUGCGUGAUAGGUACUGGGACCUGAUGAAUGUGGUGCAGCAUCACAAGGAACAAGAAACCAACAUUGACUCACAGGACAUACAGAUGCUGCUGCUCAAGGCCAAUGAGGUCUUUGAGGAUGUAAAGCGUCCAAGAGAGGCAGCGAUUGACGCACAGCUUCUGAAGGCAUGUGGAAGCCUGGCAAGAGUGCACAUAGAGUCAUCACAAUCCAGUCUUCCGGUGUUUAGAGCAAGAGAUUUUGGGGAGAAGUUGAUUGCUUUUCUGGUGCAAGAGGAAGGGGAGGAGAAUGAACCAGAGGAACACCCAAAUUUGCUGGCCAGACUGGGCAAAAAUACUCUACACUUGAGCAGGGGGGUGAUGGGAGUGGAGCCGUUCUUCAGUGCUAUGGAAUGGGACCGACCAACACCACAGCACAGGGCCAGGAAGAGAAACGAAGUUAAUGUAGUCGGAGAACAACAGAAGGUGAAGGUGUCAAAGGGAGAGGAAGACAAGGAGGUUGAGGCUGUGACAUGGAAGCACAAGAUCCUGAAGCAGUGUUAUGUGGUGAACGGAAAACAGCCGAUCUGUUUCUACAGCUUCAUUGUUGACCCAAACAGCUUCACCCGCACCAUUGAGAACCUCUUCCACCUCAGUCUCCUCAUCCGAGAACUGUAUGUGGAGGUGCUGGAAGACAAGGAUGGGCUGCCAGUGAUCCAGCCAACACAGAAACACACUGCAGAGCAGGGUGAGGACCAUGACAAGCAGUGCAUUCUCUCACUGGACAUACAGGAGUGGAAAGAGAUCAUCAAUACCUUCCACAUCACCUCUGCCAUGAUCCCACCUAUGAAAACGGCUUCCAAGAAGAGGAAAUAAUCCUUCAGAGUCUUCAUUUCACCCAGCACUUCCUCCUUAACUCGCUUUUCCUUUGUCCAUUAUCACUUUCAGGUCUUCUUUUUCCUUUCUUACUACUCGUAGUCCUUCCUUCACCAUACUUUCAUAUUUUGCCAACUUCACUUUCAACUCCCUAUUCUCCUGAACCAGGUUUCUCUCUCAUUCUUCUAGAUUCCUUACUCUAGAUCUUAGUUCACUGUGCAGUCUCUUACCUCGGACAUCCUCUUCUUCCAUGACCUUGACUCUGUCUGUCCACGUAUUUAACUUCUUCUGCACCGGCAGUACUCUUCUGUAUACAGAUGAUUCCAUAUCACCAAACCCCGAGAAUGCAGGCUCAAUGCUUUCAUAACACUUGUCACUUCCAAAGCCCCCCCCCCCCCAUGGCUCCUUCUUGAACUUUCCACCUUGCUCCCCUUCCUCCUCCUCCCUUCGGUGUCUACCACCCUUCCUCCUCCUCACUCAUCCCACUCAAGCUUUUUAAGUUCUUUAGACAGGAGACAGACCACUUUAGCGCAUCACCCCGGCCCUGUAUUAACAACAACCUGGCUGGCAAUCAGCAUUAUCCUAAAGUAGUCGUGUAAUUUAAAAUGUAUAUUGGGGCACCAAAUUCACAUAUUUUAACUCAUGCAACAUAAGAGGUACCUGUACUUAUUGUGACAUCCCUGUUAUCUAUGUUUUCUAUGUAUCUAGAUAGUAAUGGAAAAAUGCCAGGAUUAUAAAAUUUUUACUCACUCAUAAUAUACUAUUACUUUCCCAAGAUAUGCAUAUAUACAUAAUAUAUAUUUUCAUGUCAUUCACAUCAGAAUCAGUUAUUUUUCACCUGAGUACAUACACUUCAUCAUCAAAGUGAAGACACAUAAGCUCAUGAUGUGUUAGUUUGUGAGAUCAUGUUUAUAAAGUUUUGUAAUUUACAAUCAUGAUUUUGAUUUCCACCUGUAAAUUUUGUUUUUACUGCACAGGAAAGUUUUCAUAAUUUACUUGGGUGUGGCCUGUACGAACAAGAGAAGAAACAAAGGGGGUUUAAAAUACGUCUUUGAGAGCCUUUUAGAUAAAUGACUGGGAGAGGAUCAAAGUAUUAGUGAGACCCAAGUUUGCGCAACUGAAUAAUUUCUUUAAUAUGUCAAUUACAAGAAUGCAGAGCAAAGCUUGUGUGAACAGGAAGGUUUUGAACUGGAAGUGAUAGUACCCAAUGACUAAUGUACUGAGCAGUAAUAGGUAGUGUAUGUACUCUAUUUAUUAGACAUCACCUCAGACCCAAUCUUGCAUAUCGUAAUCGCAGUGGUUAACAAAAGACUAACUCAGCUAUGAAGUUGGAUUGAAUGGGGCCCCCUUGGGGAGUCCCAGAGCACAGAGUUACAUAAUAUAGGGCCCACCUCCAACCUUGCCCUUCAUUUGAGGUGAAGCUCAACUGUAGAGCACAUGAGAUCAAGUUGGAGCAGCUGUCAUCGCGUGUGGAGGUGAAAGAAGUGACAUGGUGUUCUUGAUCGCUGACAAUGUUGGAGAGCAACAAUGUCAAAUGUUAUGAAAGUUAUACAAUGCACUGCUAUUAUUCUAAAAAGCAACACAUUCAUACCACUAUAUAGCAUUAUUUAAUAUGCAAUUUCAAAUAGUACAAUACUGCCAUGUGUGAAAGAGUGAUGUGGCAGAACUCUCUCUCUCUCUCCACUGAAUGAAGUGAAUAUUUAUUUUUUAAUAGAAACCUACCUCUUGUUUGAUUUACAUUGUUUUUAAUUUACGCAACCUCUUCAAGGACACAAUACUCGCGUAAAUCGAGUUACCUGUACCGAAGGUACCCGCCCUUCCCUUUAGCUCCACCACACUAAAAAAUAAAAUUGCUUUACCUUAAAACAUUGCGAAGGGAAAAAAUGUGGUGUAAUAACGAGGUCACCUCGUGAAGGCGGGGUGGGGCUUGGCUACCACAGAUGUGUCUGUGGUAGUCCAGUGAGGUGCUGCUAGUUCCCAAUAAUCCGAUUCAGCUCUACCCAGUGGCACCUCUAACCUCAUUGGUUAUGAAACUGCCACUGUGCAAAGCCUUUGUAAUACUAUUCAAGGCAUUAAUCACACUUAGCCAUAUUUUCUCUAACUGCUGUCUGAAAGUAUGGCUGGCAGCACAUCAGAGUAGUGGGCAUCUUUAUUUUGUCUUAUAUUUACACCCUUUCUCUGGCAAUGCUGUGAGGGGAAGAGACCAAGUUUUUGAGCUCAAAGGUGGUCCCUCAUGCUUGUUUGCUCCCACUGACACAGAGCAGGAUCUCAUCCAUCACAGAGAGACUGCAGCUGUCAUUGCAAGAUACUCACUCUGAGCUUCCUUGCUUUCUCUGAAAGCUUUCCUCAUUCAUCUUUAUUACUGUCUCCUUACAGUGCAGCAUUCCUGAUAUACCUCUUGAAAUUAUGCUCUGCAAAUAUGCAUUCCUUGAAAUCCUCAAAUUUAUCACAACAUCCGGUGAACAGCCUCCUUUCAGGUCUUUUUAGCGGUUAUUUUCCAGUCUGUCACUAUUUUUGUCCUAUUGUUCUCUUUGUCUGUUCAACAAAUUUACAGCUUUUCUUGUCCAUUACCAGUGAAACCACACAUUGUGUUGGGACAGCUGUUCAUGCAUUGAAAAAAAGAAGAGGGAAAAGCAGGUUAUUGACAAAAUAAAUAAAAUAUGCUGUUACUAAACAGUUUUUUCUAAGUAAAAUGAAUAAACAUCGAAUAAAAAAACUGCAA